GUGACACAUCCAUCCUCUGAAUUCGAUGACGUGCCUCUGGAGAUCAUCGAAGAGAUGGAUCGAAUCCAAGAGAGUUUUGUUGGUCUUGAAACCAAGUAUCGACUCUUGGAUAAGAUUGGCGAGGGUACGUUCUCAACUGUGUACAAGGCGGAAUCGUUGCAGAGUGAAACGCGGUACUUGAUGGGUGAAAACGUCUACAACUCCCCAGAGAUUAAGAAGAGGCGGAGAAACGACAAGAAUAAGAAGAAGAAGUUUUAUGUGGCGUUGAAAAGAAUUUAUGUGACAUCGUCACCUCAGCGUAUCUUUAACGAGUUAAACUUACUCUAUAUCCUCUCGGGCUCCCGCCAUGUCGCUCCGCUAUUGGAAGCAUUGCGUCAUGAAGACCAAAUCAUUGCUGUACUUCCUUUCUAUCAGCAUGCUGAUUUUAGAGACUUCUUCAGAGAUAUCCCUCUUGAGGGUAUCAAGUGUUAUAUGACCGAACUAUUUGAGGCGCUAUCAUUUGUACACUCAAAGAAAAUAAUUCAUCGGGACAUUAAACCAACUAAUUUCCUCUACGAUCCUUUCCAAAAGAAAGGUGUCUUGGUAGAUUUUGGUUUGGCAGAGCAAGAAAAACCUGAACUGAGUCUAAGUGUCUCCCAUAUGAGACAUACACCAGAAGAUGCGAAUUAUUGUCCUUGCAGAAGCGGUAAUCGUGGGCCUGUGGGGACUCUUCAACGAGAUGGAUAUCCAAAGAAUGACCCUAGACCAGGUCGUCGCGCAAAUAGAGCAGGAACUCGUGGUUUUAGAGCCCCUGAAGUGUUGUUCAAAUGUCCUUAUCAAACAACUAAGAUUGAUAUUUGGUCAGCAGGCGUGGUUCUUUUGACCCUGUUAACUCGGAGAUUCCCCUUUUUCAAUUCGAGAGAUGACAUAGAUGCCUUAGUUGAACUUUCAACUGUAUUUGGCGUCCGUGAGAUGAAGCAUACUGCCCGUCUUCAUGGCCUUGGCUUGGAGACGAAUUUGAACACGUUGGAUAAGAAGUAUUCCCUUAUGGAGAUAAUUUACAAGACUUUGGCACUCGAGCAGAAAAAACAGACUUUACCAGAUGAUAGUGUCAUGUUUGAUACGUUGAGAUGUUACAACUCUAAAGGACGUAUAGAGAUCAAUCCUCUGGAUGAUGAUGAAACGAAAUCGAUGAAAAGAGAAACCCUCCAGGUGAUUGAAGUUAUGGAGCAGUGCUUCCGAAUGGAUCCAAAGGACAGACCUACGGCACCACAGCUAUUGAAUCUACCCUUUUUUAAAAAG